AUGCCGUCCGUGACGCAGCAAGAGCCGAUGGUUUGCACCUCGAAGAAGCGGAGGCGAGAGGAGGACGACAGCGCAGAGCCCGAAGAAAAUCGGCAUGCAUACAACUCAGCUGUACAAUACAAGAUAACUACAACUACGUCCUUGCCACGACAGCACCACUAUCAUGCCGCCGACCGAGCCAUUCUCAUGACGAGCAGCGGCCAGCUGCUGCACCAAGACGAACAUACCCACAAUGCUUUGUUUGCGAGAAAGACAUUGGUUCCACUUCAGACCGCUACAAAGAGGCUUCGUAUGGACGGCGAACCUGCAGACGGGGAUCACAAUUUAAGCCGAGACCAACAUCGUCGGAUAAUAGCGGCUGCCCAAGUCCGCCAGCCAAAAGUAGCACAUAUCUCUUCAAUAUCCUUUCACGAAGCACUCCAGCAAACUAGCCACAGCUCUCGGCCAUAUCCACCGGCAAGAACGACUUCAGCACCAGCGCCUGCUACGUCUACUCUUGCGCCCUGCCACAUCUGUCAAAGACGGCCCACGAAGAAAUCGGACCUGGACUCUUUUGCCGACUGUGAGGGAUGUGGCAUGCGGACUUGUUAUGUUUGCAUACGCGAGUGCCUGGGCUGGGAUAGGGAGGAACACGACCACGUCGACCCAUCGUCGAUGCCUAUGGAAGACGUCGAUGAACGAGGGGCUGCCAACUGCAUGGGAGGAAACGAGGACAAUGGAUCUUCUCGGACUUGGCCAAGACCAGGCACCUGGGGUCACCGCCAGAUGGUAUGCAGUCGGUGUUGCGUGGAGGAAGGCGUAGACGGAGACGUCAUUUGUCUUGGAUGUUUACAACGUUGA